CCGUCCCAUCACAAACCGUGACCUGCCUCGUGCCGAAAUAAGUAGCCCCAAGCGGCCAUCACGCGGCAGGCCCUCCUUCCUCUCUCUUUCUCUUUUUCCUUUGCACACAACGCGCCUCGUCGAUACCCCCAAGAACCAAGUGCAGGCCACGCCGUGAUAAUAAUUCGUCACUCAGAGGCACCUGUUUUUUCUUGCUCUCUGUCUUCUCAGUGAUACCCGAUACCCAUUUUCUAAUUUUCUUGAGAUACCCUGCUUUUCAAGCAAACCCCCCAAAAACGUCACAAUGGCCGACACUCAGAAGCCCGCCGAGGUGCCCAAGGAGACCCCGGUCGCCGAGCCUGUUGUUGAGACUACCCCCGCCGCCGAGACUACCGUCGAGACCACCGAGACUGCUGCUGCUCCCGCUGUCGAGACUACCACCGAGGCUGCCACCGAGACUCCGGCUGCCGCCGAGACCGAGGCCGCUGCCGCCCCGGCUGAGGAGGCCAAGAAGGAGGAGGAGGUGAAGCCCGUUGAGGAGGGCCACCUCGAGCACAAGGGCCAGGGCGCCAACUUCCCCAAGAACUUCCUGUACACCAAGCAGCUCUUCUGGUUCGGCUCUGACCCCGUCGACCUCAAGACCCUCAGCUCCUUCAAGGCCGACAAGGUCGCUGAUGUUGCGCACCACGUCACCUCGUGGGCCGCUGAGACCGGCAAGGGUCUCCUCUUCUACAGCGAGAAGGGUGACAAGGCCGCUCCCCAUGGCGCCAUCCACCUGGCCGACGCUUCGGAGCCUGCCGUCGAUGGUUCCAACAAGUUCUUCUUCACUGCCAAGGGGCACAAGCACACUUUCAAGGCUGCCAACGCUGCCGACCGUGACAACUGGGUCGCUCAGGUGAAGGCCAAGAUUGCCGAGGCCAAGGAGCUUGCUGCUACCGUCACUGAGUCUGAGACCUACAAGAAGACUCUCGAGGGCCUGAAGCCUGCUCCUGUCAAGAAGGAGGAGAAGGCCCCCGCUGCCGAGCCUGCUGCCGCUGCCACUGAGCCGGCUGCCACUACCGAGGAGGCUACUCCCGCCGCUGAGACGGCUGCCGCUGAGGCCGUCAAGGACGAGCCCAAGAAGGAGGAAGAGAAGGCCGAGAAGGCUGAGAAGGAGGAGCCCAAGCGCCGCUCUGCCAGCCGCAAGCGUGCCUCCAUCUUCGGCAACUUCCUCGGCAAGAAGGAGGAGAAGAAGGCCGUUGAGGCUACUGAGGCUAAGCCCGCGGAGGCCGAGACUCCGGUUGCUGAGACUAGCGCCGCCGAGGUCGUUGAGGCUCCCGCCGCUGAGGCUGCCGCUGAGGCCGCUGCUGAGCCUACUGCCGAGCCUGCCACCGUCGAGACUCCUGCUGCCACUGAUGCUGCCGCCGAGGCUAAGCCCGAGGACAAGGCUGAGGAGGCCAAGGAGGAGGACAAGAAGGAGGCGGCCGAGGCCCGCCCCGCCCAAGUCAAGCGCACCAGCAUCUUCGGCAACCUCUCCUUCGGCAAGAAGAAGGCGGCUGCUCCGGCUGAGGCUGUUUCUCCUUCCAAGGAGACCCCCGCCACUGAGGCUGUCGCUGAGACUGCCCCUGUGAUCCCUGCCGUCGAGACCAGCGAGCCUCUCUCUGCCGAGGUUUCUUCCCCUGCGACUGUCCCCACCGAGGCCGUCGAGGCCCCUGCUGCCGUCAACGGCGAGACCAAGAAGGAGGUCAAGAGCGAGAAGCGCAAGAGCUCGCUGCCGUUUGCCUUCGGCAAGAAGAAGGACGCCUCGUCUGAUGAGGAGGCCGAGAAGCCCAAGUCGCCCUCGGCUUUCUCCAAGCUCCGUGCCACCAUCAAGGGCAAGGGCAAGGCCGAGAAGACCGAGAAGACUGAGGAGAAGACAGAGGAGACCCCCGCUGUCCCUGCCCUUCCCGCCACCGAGGCCGAGACUGAGGCCAAGGCCGCCGAGCCCGCUGCCGAGGAUGCCGCCAAGCCUGCCGAGACUGAGGCUACCGCCUCCGCCCCGGCUACCACCGAGGAGGAGACCCCCGCCAAGCCCCUCGAGGCCACCCCGGCUGUGACCGCUGCCGCCUAGGAAGCGACGCGUCGCAGUGCGUGAGGUGCCGGCCUGCUAUGAUCAUGAGCAUCGGAUCGGACGGGAGAUGAAAUACGACCCAAAAAAUAAUUAGAGCGAAUUCUCCCAACAACGCACGCCACCAUGAGAGGCAUAAUACCCUCCUUUUUUUACCUCUACCCUCGGGUUUGGUCGGGAUCGGAUCUGCAUUUCGAGAUACCCAAGUCAAG